AAGACGUACUCGUAAGUGACUGUCUGUUCUAUUGAACGGAAAACCCAACCAGAGUGAAGCCAUCAAACCCCUUUCACAAAGAAACAAGCAAAUUAAUGAAACGAAUGAAACCAGAUCAAAAUUAGCAUCGGUAUUGGAUAGCUGUCCGGUGGCUGUCCAACUACCCAUAGCGAAGUCCGUUUACCUUCCUACAUUCAUGGAUUACCGUCGUGAUCAACCACGUGUUUGACGCCGUCUUCCUUUAGGAAACGCCAGAAGCCAGACUCUGGAUUGAGCUUUGACCUGAGGUAGACGAAAAGAUACGAAGCGAUGCCCGAUAGCAUGAAGUCCCCGAUACCCGAUAUCCUAGAGCCCCAGAUACCUGAUGUCAAGGAGUUCCUACGAUCGCACACUGGCGGUGGCGGAAAAGACCGGCGUGGCUCUGGUGGCGGUGGCAGUAGCGGACAAGAUCGGCGUGGAUCUGGUGGUGGGCGUGGCUCUGGUGGAGAUCAUCCUGAUAAGGGAGGAAAGAAGAAAUCAGAAAAGGGAAAAGGGACAGCUUCCUGUAUAAUUCGUCGUGAGGAUCUUGAACUACAUUUUGGCAGUAAACGUGAAGAUGUUGCGAAGAUCUUGGACGUUAGCGUGUCCACCCUUAAGCGCGUCUGUAGGGAUAAAGGGAUUCCUCGGCGGCAAAAUCGAGCAAGCAACAGUGUCGGGAGACCUCCUGAUCAACAUGGAGAAAGGAAUACAUCAACCGCAUGCAAGACGCCAUUGCAUAAUGUGCAUGCUAGAAUGGAGGGAGAACCGGAUGGCCAAAAUCAGGAGGCAAAUGAGUUUCAACGAGAUUUAAUUGAACACUCAAUUGCUUUGAAUACAGAAAAUGAUUCAACAAUAGCUGUGUACAGUGAAACUGAAGCAGCAAGGGGUUCUUCUAAAUGGGCGUUUCAACUGGAAGGUCAAACAAUGCAGUACACUACCUAUCCAUAUCACAAUGAUCUUGUGUUUUCACAACCUCAGAUAGCAUCAAUAGAGGUGCCAAAUGAGAACAUGGGGAGUUUGCAAGAUAGGAGAGAUUUGUUAGCUUCACAAGUAGUAGCUGCACAGCAAGAGCCUCUUUCGGAGGGAAAUGUCUUUGGGUUUGGUAACUGGACAGUCGGUUCAUGUUCUGAUCUUGCUCCAACCCAACCCAUGCAUCCUUUUUCCCACGCAACGGGAAGUUCAGAAAAUCUGGAAAAUUUGCUAGCUUCCGUGGAUGAGCAUUUUAUGGAGGGAAAUGUCUCUGGAUCUUCAAUGUCAGAUCCUGCUCUGAGCCAACCCAUGCGUACUAUCCACCACACAAUGGCUAUUCCCUACAUGAUGCCUCUUCCCACAGAAAGGCAAGAUAAGGGUUCUGUGAAGAUAGAGGCAACAUAUCAGGGUGACAAUAUAAAAUUUCAAUUCCCUCUCACAUCAGGAAUUAAAGAACUGAAGGAAGUAAUGUCAAAGACACUGGAGCGCAAGCUUGGUAGUUUCAAGGUUAAGUAUAAAGAUGAGGAUGGGGAAUGGAUUUUAAUGGGCCUUGACGAGCAUGUAAGGGAAUAUCAGCAACUUCUCUUGGGAAAUAAAGUAACCACCAAACUAAAGGUUCAGAAUAAGGUUCCCAAUACCACGAAUUGUGAUAACUGCAAAUGUAAUAAUUGUAGGUCAUUGAAGCGGAAAAGACCAUAAGUAUGUUUAGUUGUAGAAUAAUAUUACAUGGUUGACAACCAUGUUCUUUGUGUAACGGAACAUUUCCUGGCCAACUUUCCCUCUGCUAAACUAGAAUAUUUUUGGUAAUGUUGCAUUCAGCAGGCCUCUCUUUGUUUUGGCCUAGGUUUUACCUAAA